UAUGAAUAUGACGUAAUGUAUGAAAUACUACUUGCACUACCACUGACUACCUUAGGAUGGGGCUCUUUCAUUUGCCCGGUGGUGUAUAGCUGGCAAAGAAGAAGAUGGGUACGCCUACAGUUUGUUAAAAGCGAGCACGUCGCGGAAGUACCUAACAAUGGCCGCCAAGAUGAUAUACAUGACGGGACAAAGAGCACAAAUGACUCCGAUCCUGUAUGUGGGACAGGUGACUCUAAUGUGACAGUCUCUCGGGGGCUUUGGUCUUCAAAUCAUGCCCAGAAGAGAAAGUUAAUCCUCCAUGUCGACCUCAACAACACCAUACUGGUGUCGGAUGCCGCGAGGGAUCAGGGGACUGUAGCUGCUCUGGACCAUUUCCUCACCACUGUCACCUGGGGAAGAAUGAGCAAACACGGAAAGUGGGAAUGGCUGAGUGACUCGCCCUCUCUGCUCCCACCAUGCAAGGAUGCUGUUAGUUACUACUCUCAGUUUGGAGCGAUACCUGGUUUCACCUCCACUGCAGGACGACGUUUCCAUGGGGCUCUGGAAGAACAUCUGGAUCUACUCCGCUGGCCCAAGGGCCUCAAGGGAGACAGGGAGCUGUCUGUAAAAGGAGAGGAUGGACGGCUGUACCACUGGAUCCUUCCCUCCUUCUUCCAGCUGCUUAAAGACCUGGCAGCAGAAAGAUGGGAGUUUGCCAUCCUCUUUCGUACCUUUGGAAUCGACCUACCUCGUGUGCUGAGAGCCUUACACAGAGCAGUGAGUGAGGGGGCUCAUCCACUGUUCCCUGAUCUGCCUGACCUGAAGUUAAGUAUGAAUACAACUCCAGGCAGAAUCCGCUGCAGCAAGAGGGGAGUCGUUGUGAGCCGAGCCGAGGACUGUGUCUCGACUCAAGAUGGAGAGAGAGGCCUGUACCAGUUCUUCAGCUCGGUUCAGGGCGUGGGAGGCUUCCAGGACCACUAUGACUGGUGGGUUACUAAUGCCUACUCCAUCCGCGGGGGGAAGCCGCUGUGGGUCGACCCCUUUGACCAUCACGUUCAGCACAUCUUCAUAGAUGACAACAUACGACAGAACGACAAGGACACCGUCGUUAAUCCCAAGGUUUUCUUGUAUCCAGGUGGCACUGAAACCCGUACAGCCUGCAUCUCUGAACUGUAUGACAUCACACUGGUCCAGACCGACCUCCUCCGGGCCAUCUCUGAUACUCACUACUUCACUCAGCGUGUCCACAUCUGUCUGGAAAACUAUGAGAGGAAUCUCCAGCAGGGAGCAGGCUAGAACACAAUAUGUGACCACCUCCAGUUUAGCUUUACAGUACUGUUAGUUACUGAAGUCGAAUGAGUCCACUGAAACACACACGGUGGAAGGUUACGUGUGUGUGUGUGUGUGUGUGUGUGUGUGUGUGUGUGUGCGCGCGCGCAUUAGUUGUGUCCAUUCAGAACUUAAAGGUAAUACUUGAAUACUCUGUCAGGAGAAGCAUCUGAUUAUAGUGUGUGUGAUACUGCAUAAACACAUUGCGACUGGACUGUGGUCAAAAAAUUCUUGUGAAAAAUGUAAUCUGAUGAAUUUGUGUGGAAAUUAUGGUAAUGUUAGCUUUGAGGGUUUUAAGAUAUAUUUAUUAAGCUUCAAGUGAGAUUUAAUUAAUAGCUUUAUUUCUGUCCGGUCAGUUUUAUACAUACAACAGAAUGCAAACUUCCAAUAAUGAAAAAUAGUUAAAGGCAGGUUUUGAGGACUAUAGAAAGCAGUGGCAUGAUGACACCAGUGUUAGUCUUUUCACAGUACUGUAUACAGGGUGUUGGGUUUCUGUCAAAUGUAAAACUACCUAAUAUGCAGCAGAAUGGAUUCUGACACACUGUCGGCUUUAUCAUUAGAUUUUUCGUGUACUUGUGCAUUCACUUCUAAAUAGCUUUUUAAUUCUGUAGCUGGUCGAAAUGGAGCUGAUAUGAACUAGCCUGUAAACCUUGGGUAGAUUAAUGUGUAGCAAUGCAUCACAUUUGAUGUAUUUUGGCAUUUAAGAUAGGAUUCUAUAAACGUGAUUGCAGCUGUAACUAUAAAUGUUGUGGAGUAAGACGUCUAAGGCGGCAUAAUUAUAAAUAUUCAACUAAAGCAUGUAGUGCUAGUAAGGUCUGGAACUGCCAUUCAUGCAUCAUUACGCAUGCUGAACCUGUGGGGGCCUCUUGUGCAAGUAACAACAGCUUCCACAAAAUAACCACACAAACACCCCAGUGUGUUUGUUUGCACUAAACUAGUCGUGCAUUACUUGAGUUGUCGGCUGAAUCACAGGGUCUAAAUGAGAUGGUAGCGUUGCAUGAGGUGUGCAGUCACUGUGAUAAAAAGCUCUCCUCUCUCUCAGAGCCAAAACAUUUCAACACAUUAUGAUUAGGCUAUAAGAGUGAUGACUGAGGCAGCAGCCCUGUGUGCAGGUCCAAUAACAAACAGCCAGACACUUGUAGUUCACUUUAUCUUCAUUUGGGAUGAGACCAAGCCUGAUCUCCUGCUGCGUUUUCUUGCAGCUCACAAAUGUUAUAUACUUUAAAAUUAUAAGGACCAACAACAGCUCCAGGUAAAUUUGAAACAAACUGAACUAUCCACACACAGCAGGCCGAUGUGUCAUUUACCAAAUUUGUCAUCCACAAUUUGGUAAAUGUGUUGCUCUGAAACCAAACUGUAUUUUUUAAUCACUACACCAGUGUUAACACGCUCCAUGCCCGUCCUGCCAAAUAAUAUUUUACACUAAGAAAACGUCAAGUGUAUAUAUGUUCCCAUUAAAAGUGUUUUUCAGAA